AUGGCAAUCUCUCUCAACGGAGCCAAAGCAAAAGAACACCGCACAACCACAGGAAGACGAGAACCAGGAAGUGCACAAGCAAAACUUGUGGUCGGAGACAGAAGGCUGUUAGGCUUACAGGGGCGGAGACGAGGAAAGGUGGUCAGAGGCAAGAUGAAUCGAAACCAGGAAAACAGUCCAAGAGUCACAUGCAGGAAAGCGCACGGAGGAGCCACAGAGCUCAUCGAGUGGGGCGACAGCGAUAACGAACAGAAGAUUUCUCCCACAGGAGCCAGUCCACGGAUCCUCAACCCCCUGCGUUUGUUUGCCAGGGGCUCCCCUGGGUUCAAGAGCAACAUGAGGGAAAUUACAUAUUUACAGAACAUGGAGGACUUCUGGGACUGGUUAUCUAACCAGACAGAUGUUCAGGGUGCACAGGCCAGAACUAAACGCAGGCCCAUCGUCAAGACUGGCAAGUUCAAAAAGAUGUUUGGGUGGGGGGACUUCCACUCCAACAUCAAGACCAUCAAGCUCAACCUGCUAAUCACGGGGAAGAUCGUGGACCACGGGAAUGGCACUUUUAGCGUUUACUUUCGCCACAACUCCACAGGCCUGGGGAACGUCUCAGUCAGCCUGGUGCCGCCCUCAAAGGUGGUGGAGUUUGAGAUCGCCCAGCAGUCCACGCUGGAAACCAAAGACACCAAAUCAUUCAACUGUCGCAUCGAGUAUGAGAAGACGGACCGCAACAAGAAGACUGCCCUGUGCAACUUCGACCCGUCCAAGGUGUGCUAUCAGGAGCAGACGCAGAGCCACGUGUCCUGGCUGUGCUCGAAACCUUUCAAAGUCAUAUGCAUCUAUAUAGCCUUUUACAGCGUAGACUAUAAGCUGGUGCAGAAGGUAUGCCCUGACUACAACUACCAUAGCGACACACCCUACUCUUCCACAGGAUGAUCUAGCUGUUAGUAUGCAUCAGCCUUUUGUCUGAUCAAAUCAUGUCAACCUCUAAGCUCCUCGUCCCGACAUACCUAAUACCUGUUGCAGGAAGUCCAACUCAUAAUGGGACACACUCUGGAGGGAAUUGAUGCAUUGUUUGAAAAACUUUUGUACGUACAGAUGAGUUAGUUAGGUAUCCAGGGACUUGGUUUUAGGGGUUGACUUGGGAUUCAGAGCUAUAGCUACCAACCCUGGGUGACUCCUCCACAUCACAACAGCACAUGUUCCCCGUUAACCACCGGUAUAAUUAGCAUGUUGUCCAGAUGUUGUCUUCAAGGCUAGACCAUAGGCAAGGAGCCUCCCAGUUGGAGCAACGUGGGCUUCUGUGCCAGUGCUGCAUUGAUGCCAACAUUGUCAAUUUCCUCACCUCAUUUAAACAGUCAGUUAUGGGCUGAUAUACGACAGGACUUUGAAUAAAAAUUACAACACCGAGACAUUUGAAUUGUUAUUCAACAGGGCAUAAAAUUAGAUAUUUGAAACAUUGCUACACUUUGACUGAUUACUCAAAAUGAUCUGUUCAUUGCUUUCGAACUAGAGCUAAUAUCCAUUUGUACAUGUUAACAGAACACACACAGGACAGUGUCUAUUAUUUCAGAUUAUCAGUGGGUCUUAAGUAGUUCUGAAAAAUGAAUAUGGCCUUACAAUAUAUGUUUUAUCUCCUAUCUCUCUUAUAGUGACUGGCCUUGAUUAUGCCCAUGACAAAAUAAAUUGAUCCAAUACAUCUAAUCCCAAAAGUAAGCCUAAUCAUAAAUCAUUGUGGGUAUCCAUGAACUUAUAACCUGGCUGCUGCCUUGUGUGCUCCUCAAAAUGUGUUGGUUUUCUGCCGCAAUCAUCAUAAGGCAUGUGUGUGCUAAACUAGUCUGAAAUCCAACAUCUGUGUUUGCAGGAUGCACUUUGAGGCAUCAGCCUGCCGAGCGGCCCCGCGGUGGAUUAAUGUGUCAGGAGAGGAGGAGGGGGAGCGAUAAUUGCAGGACAGGUGGAUUUAGUGAGUCUGGCAGACAAUUAUCAGCACUUUGUCAUGGUCCUGCCACCAGCCCUGACAUUACCUGUCUUUAAUAGGCUUUAAUUAGCCUGGGAAAUUUCAUUUACCUAAGACUGAGAGUGGAGAAACCAAAAGCCAAAAAAAAAAGAGUGAAAAA